AUGCGGGAACUAUUAUGCGUUGUAUUUGUUGUCCUUAAUUACAUUUCCUGCAUACAUGCAAAAACAGUAUAUGAUUGUAACUUUGACGACGCAACUUCUGCUGACAACUGUUUCACAUCAACAAUAAAUGUUGCUGCAAAUAUAGGAAAUCCGACUGCCGUAGUGCCUACUGGACCUUUAUCAGAUGUGACCUCUAGUUUGAAGCCUACAGAUAGUGGUGAAACAUGCAAAUUACCUUAUAAAGUCGGCUCAUUUAGUUGGGACAUGUAUUUUUGUAACAGAGGAUAUUGUCCAACAGAAAAUAAUUCAAAUAGUACAUGUAAACCAGGAAAAUUUAGCUCAUUAUCAUUAAAUAAUAAUAUCAAAAAUUCCUUUCAACUUAAAACGGAAUCUGGCGGAAUUGAUAGUGUAGAUCAGCAAUGUCUUAUUUAUUACUAUUACAUGUCUAGUAUCGCAAGCACGAAAAUUAUAACCGUAACUAAGGAGGAAACAAGUGGAACAAAAACAACCAUUGACUCUGUCACAAGUAGUCCAUUCAACGGAUGGAUACAGCGCAAAAUACUCUUCAAAGCUGAAGCACGUGGCUAUAAACUCUAUUUUGAAGCGCAGAGAACAUCUGGUUUUCAAUCACAGACUGUGGGAUUUGAUGAGAUUUCCAUUCACGAAGGCAGUUGUGAUGAUCAACAUAUAACUUCUGACCCAACAGCGGUAACAUCUGUGCCAAUCCAAGCAACCACGACAACCACGCCAGCUGGGACGGCUACUACCACCACACUAGCUGGGAUGACUACUGCCACGACACCAACUGGGACGACUACGACAACCACUAAAAUACCUGAAGCAGUUCAGACAUCAGUAACAGAAACCACAACAGCAGCAUUAACUUCGCUAAUCGAGAUAACUGCAUUAAAUACUACAGAAGAUUUGGUUACUACAGCUGUAACAGAUAACACUAUGGCUUCAUUGUUCACAAAGGAUGAUACCACUAACGCUGGUGCAACAACCUUGAUAACAACGAAUAUUGAUCUGUCAACGAUACUUGAAGCUACAACUGAGGAUGGCGCAGAUUCUGAUGAUAGCAGCAACACUCUAACUAUCAUUUUGGCCACUGUCAUUCCUGUUGUUUCAAUUGUACUGAUAAGUACAAUCAUAUGGCUUAAAAAAUCAUCUUUGAAAAGUUUUUUUGCUGGCAAUUUACAUCAAUCAUAUCCAAACAAUCCAAAUCCUUUAUUAAACACUACUAUAGAAAUGAAUCGUGUUGCACCUAUUUAA